CCGGCCGCAGCAUGACGGGCAAAGCGGGAGACGCGCUCACCCACAGCCUACCCAGCAAACCCAAACCCGACAGCGCGGCCAGUGCGCCUGGGGCCGGGGCCGCCGCUGGGGCCAAGCCCAGCUCCGGGCCCACCCCGCCCAGGUGCACCGGCUUCGGCAUCCAGGAGAUCCUGGGCUUGAACAAGGAGCCGCCCUCUCACCCCCGGGCUGCCCUGGACUCCCUGCCCGCCGGGCACCUGCUGGCGGCCCGCUCUGUGCUCAGCCCCGCCGGGGUAGGUGGCGUGAGCAUGGGGCUCCUGGGGGCGGGCAGCAUCCCCAGCUUCUACACCCAGCCCACUUUCCUGGAGGUGCUGUCCGACCCCCAGAGCGUCCACCUGCAGCCCCUGGCCCGGGCCCCCGGACCGCUGGACACCAGCCAGACGGCCAGCUCAGACUCCGAGGAUGUUUCCUCCAGCGACAGGAAAAUGUCCAAAUCCUCCUUAAACCAGAGCAAGAAACGGAAGAAGAGACGGCACAGGACAAUCUUCACAUCCUACCAACUGGAGGAGCUGGAAAAGGCCUUCAAUGAGGCCCACUAUCCUGAUGUCUAUGCCAGAGAGAUGCUGGCCAUGAAAACAGAACUGCCUGAAGACAGGAUACAGGUUUGGUUCCAGAAUCGUCGGGCCAAGUGGCGGAAGCGGGAGAAGUGCUGGGGCAGGAGCAGCGUGAUGGCAGAAUAUGGGCUGUAUGGCGCAAUGGUACGUCACUCAAUCCCGCUGCCAGAGUCUAUCCUCAAAUCUGCCAAGGAUGGCAUCAUGGAGUCCUGCGCCCCUUGGCUCCUGGGGAUGCACAAAAAGUCUCUGGAGGCAGCAGCUGAGGUGGGAAGGAAGCCGGAGGUGGAACGCCAGGCCCUGCCCAAGCUCGACAAGAGCAACAAGGAAGAGAGGGGCCCGGAUCCCAAAACCACCAUUUCCCAGGAGGAACUGAGAGAGAACAGCAUUGCUGCCCUCAGGGCCAAAGCUCAGGAGCAUAGCACCAAAGUCCUGGGGACCGUCCCUGGGGACCCCCCCACCCCAGCCAGGAAGCCAGAAAAAGAGGAGGAGGCAGCGUCAGAGGAUGAGAGACAAAUGGAGAAAUCAAACUCAUCACAAGAGGAGGAGAAGCAGAUCUAGAGGGAAAGAGAUGAUGGAAACCAGCCCCCAAAGACUGUCUCCUCUGGGGGGCUGCAGCCUCCUCUCAGACUGACAGGGCCCCUCCGACAGCCCCUGCACAGGGAGUGAGGCCCCACAUGGUCUCUGUGCAUUUCAGGAAGCCACAGGCUCAGGCCAAGUUCUGACUGUCAGGUGUGUCCAGAGACUUCCCCUCAGGAGCAUUCCUGCCCCUCCAUCCUCCCUGCCCUCAGGACUAUUCCUGCCACACUGCCCCCUCCUUUCUGAGGGAUCAGGAAUUAUCACCAUCUUCUUCUGAGAGGAGGCUGGGGCUAACUGAGGCUCUGGGUCCCUCUGUACCAGCCUGAGAACCAGCUUUGGGUCUCUCCUGCCCUGGUCCAACAUACCCAGCCUCAGAAUGAGUCUCUGUCCCACCCAUUCCCAUGUCAGAGCGACUCUCUCCCCCCCGGUCCAGUCUCCCCCACCCCGACCCUGAAAGCGAGUCUAUCCUCUGCUGCAUUCCCACCUGCCCAGAGCAGCAUGAACUCCAUCUCCUACAGAAUGUGCUCCUCCCCAGUGUGUUUAUGGCACCUGGCCAUUGGCACUCAAGGACCUGAUGUGGGUGGGGCUGCCCCGCUGCCCUCACAGGGACCAUUUUACUCUUUCUCCAACCUAAAGCACUGCGGGACAAAUCCAUGGAAGUGUUUGCGUAAAACAGUGAGUCUAUUUAAAUGGUGGUUUGUAUAUUCCAUGUGUGUCUUUCCUGACUGAGUGGUGGGGUGUCCCGGGGCACUCUGAGACAGGGAGGGUGGUGUGCUGGACAGCUGAUUUUGGUCUCAGUUUUCCAGUAAGAAGCCAAGGGGAUGGGGAAGAGCAGGCUUAACUUCCAGGAGCUGAUCCCUACAACCUCAGGUACCCAAGACCCACCCCUUCCCUUUGGGAGUAUCCCAAGUCCUACACCUGUCUUCCCCUGUAGGCAUGCCGAAGACUCAUAACCCACUCAGGUACCAGGUUCCUGCCUUCAGCCACCCUGAACACAUACUACACCUGACAUCAUGCCUAACAGGUAUCCAGGAUCUCACGGGUACCCAAGUGUUGCUCCCAGCUUCACCCCUUUCAGGUAACUGAGACCCGCCUCCUCCCCUUAUCAAUACAGGCUCCGCCCCUGGUGCUGCACCCUGCUACAUAAGAACGGCCAUAGUGGGUCAGACCAAAGGUCCAUCCAGCCCAGUAUCCUGUCUACCGACAGGGGCCAAUGCCAGGGGCCCCAGAGGGAGUGAACCUAACAGGUAAUGAUCAAGUAAUCUCUCUCCUGCAGUCCAUGUACUAUAUCAUUUUAGCUGUAAUCUAGGCUGCCUCAAACUGCUCCCUAGAAAUAUUUGGUCAGCACAUUCUACUCCCCAGCAUAAACUGCUGAGGUUUAAUCAUAUGGAUUAAUAACAGAGUCCUCGCUGCAAGCAUGCCCUGGUUCCAGCCUGUUUCCACAAGGCUCAUUCUCAGAGACUUGGCUACAGCCCCCAGAACAGCGGGGCAUGCCAAGAGAGCGAGAGGCCUGCAGGCUCUUCUGAAUCUCCAUGUGGAGUGGGUCAAAUAUUGGGGGGAAAUAUUCACUGAAUAAAUGGUUCUAUAUCUAACAACAAUGUUUGCCAAAUUAGGUAUUUAUUGAGCUAUUCCCCACCAGCUCUGUCUCUGAGUUUCAAAGGGAGCUCCAGCCGCAUCCACGGAUAUGCAGGCAUGCUCAUAAACGCUCUGAGGCAUACAUAUGCCUUACACACAGACCCCCACAUGAAUACACACAGGCCCUGUCACUAACAACCAACAAAGCCCACUAGCCAGACAUCACAGCUCCAAGAUAACAUUCUCCACCUAUCCUGGUGAGGAGCCACCCUCCAUGAAGGCUCUAGGACAGCAACUUACACCUGUCCUUUCUGUCCUGCUUUCCGCUGUGAGCUGCUUUUCCCCAGAGCUACUGUUUUUAUUCUGUCAAAGGUUGAUCCUUCCCUUCCAUGCAGCCUCUGUUUGUCUUUGUCUCCAAUUUGUUUGACGUGUUAGACUAUAGCCCAUGGUAUGUAAAUACUGUACAAACAGUGAGAAAAGAAUUUGGUAUUGAGGUGUUUGAGGUAUGGAACUGUAACAACUUCUAGUCAUUCAGAACCUGUGAGUUAUGUGCCAUUUUCUGUAAAGAUAUAAACAAGA